AUGGGUCAAGGUGGUGGGAUGGGGGUGAGCGAGAGAAGACGGCGGCGGUGGACGGUGGCGGACGAGCGCAAGCUGGCUUACAAGCGGAUACGGAAGGGGCGGAAAGGGAAGGGGUAUGUGCGGGUGGUGACCAACAUUGGGCAUUUGAACAUUGAGCUGCAUUGCGACAAGACGCCGCAGACGUGCGACAACUUUCUACAGCUGGCCGAGCGCAAGUACUACGACGGGCUGGCGUGGCACACGGUGAUCGCGGGGUACAUGGCGCAGACGGGGGACCCGUCGGGCAAGGGCGGGGCCGAGGUGAGCGCGUGGGGCGGGUACGUGAAGGACGAGAUCCGGACGAGCCUGCGGCACGACGCGGCGGGGGUGGUGUCGAUGGCCAACGCCGGGCGGGACACGAACCGGAGCCAGUGGUUCGUGACGUUUGCGGCGGCGCGGCAGCUGGACGGGACGCACACGGUGUUCGGCAAGGUGGUGGGCGGGCUGUUCGUGCUGCAGAAGAUGGAGAGCGAGGGCGAGACGGGCAACCCGCUGACGGUCGAGCGCAUCGAGGUACUGGUCAACCCGAUCCGGCAGGCGCGCGAGAAGCUGGAGCGCGAGCGGCGGGAGGCGGGGGCCGAGUAG